AUGUUCUUCUUCUGACCAUUUUUGCUUUUAUUUAUUUUAUUAAAUCACAAAUAUUUAAGAGCUGGCAUCUGAACCUCUCUCUCUCUCUCAAUCAAAAUCUCGUCUUUCGAUUCCUUCAAUUCCCUCAAAAACCGAAACCCUAAUUCUCAUCUCAUUGGAUCGGGUAUCUUUUGAGGAUCAGUCGUGGGAGAGGAUGGCUCGGCAAAUGACGUCAUCUCAGUUCCACAAAUCAAAGACUCUCGACAAUAAAUACAUGCUGGGAGAUGAAAUUGGGAAAGGAGCUUAUGGAAGAGUGUAUAAAGGAUUGGACUUGGAGAAUGGAGACUUUGUGGCUAUUAAACAAGUCUCUUUGGAGAAUAUUGUUCAAGAGGAUCUCAACACUAUCAUGCAAGAGAUUGAUUUGUUGAAGAACUUGAACCAUAAGAACAUUGUCAAGUACCUUGGGUCUUCAAAGACAAAGACUCACCUUCACAUUAUUCUGGAGUACGUUGAGAAUGGCUCUCUUGCAAACAUCAUUAAACCAAAUAAAUUUGGACCUUUUCCUGAAUCGUUGGUGGCUGUUUACAUUGCUCAGGUCUUGGAAGGUUUGGUAUAUCUGCAUGAGCAGGGUGUCAUACACCGUGACAUCAAGGGUGCAAAUAUCCUGACGACAAAAGAGGGUCUUGUGAAGCUUGCUGACUUUGGAGUUGCCACUAAACUAAACGAGGCUGAUGUGAACACUCACUCAGUGGUUGGAACUCCUUACUGGAUGGCUCCUGAGGUUAUUGAAAUGUCUGGAGUCUGUGCUGCUUCUGACAUUUGGAGUGUUGGGUGCACUGUUAUCGAACUUCUUACAUGUGUGCCCCCUUACUAUGAUCUGCAACCCAUGCCAGCCCUCUUUCGUAUUGUUCAGGAUGAUAACCCUCCUAUUCCGGAUAGUCUUUCACCAGAUAUUACAGACUUCCUACGACAGUGCUUCAAGAAGGAUUCCAGGCAGAGGCCUGAUGCAAAGACAUUGCUCUCUCACCCUUGGAUACGGUUCUCUAGACGAGCAUUGCAGUCUUCACUUCGGCAUAGUGGAACCAUAAAAUAUAUGAAGGAAGCUGCUACAAGCUCAGAGAAAGAUGCUGAAGGUAGUGAAGAAGUAACUGAAAGCCUUUCAGAAGAAAAAGCUGGGAUGUCAAAAUCUGACUCGAAAAGUAAAUUAGGGGUGGCGAGUUUUAGGUCUGAGAAAGAUCCAUCUUCAUCCAGUGAUCUUGGAGAAGAAGGAGCGGAUAAUUCAGAAGCUGAUUUAAGUUCAGAUCAAGUUCCUACGCUGUCUAUGCAUGAGAAACCUUCUCUUCAAAGUUCUUCGGAUGUAAAGGGGAGCUCUGAAGAUGAAUCAGAGUUUCAUGGGAAAUCUGAACAUGAUGAUAUACCUGAGAAUCCUGAGACGGAAUCUUCUAAAAAUGGAAAGAAUACUUUAGAAAAGCAGGUUGGAAAAGAAUCUUCCAUCCACGUGGACCAGCCAUCACAUAGUGUUGGCCAAAAAGGUGAAGAUCGUAGGCUUCGAAAGGCUGUGAGGACUCCGUCUAGUGUUGGUGGGAAUGAACUGACUAGAUUUAGUGAUCCUCCUGGUGAUGCUUCUUUGCAUGAUUUGUUUCAACCACUGGAUAAAGUUCCGGAGGGAAAACCAAACGAGGCCUCGACAUCAGCGCCUACAUCGAAUGUCAUCCAGGGUGAUUCUCCUGUCGCAGAUGGUGGAAAGAAUGAUCUGGCAACAAAACUGAGGGCUACAAUUGCUCAGAAGCAAAUGGAGGGCGAAACAGGUCAAUCAAAUGAUGGCGGUGACCUUUUCCGCUUAAUGAUGGGUGUUUUGAAAGAUGAUGUUAUUGACAUUGAUGGCUUGGUAUUUGAUGAAAAAGUCCCCGCAGAGAAUCUAUUUCCUCUGCAGGCAGUAGAGUUCACCAGAUUAGUGAGCUCCUUAAGGCCAGAUGAAUCAGAAGAUGCAAUAGUCUCUUCUUGUCAGAAACUUGUUGUCAUGUUUCGUCAGAGACCUGAACAGAAGGCAGUGUUUGUGACACAGCAUGGUUUCCUCCCUCUAAUGGAUCUACUCGAUAUUCCUAAACCUCGAGUAACAUGUUCUGUGCUGCAGCUGGUUAACGAAAUUAUCAAAGAUAACACAGACUUCCAGGAAAAUGCUUCUCUUGUUGGUCUCAUUCCUUUGGUAAUGAGUUUUGCUGGUCCUGAGAGGGAACGUUCUCGAGAAAUUCGCAAGGAAGCAGCUUACUUUUUGCAGCAGCUUUGUCAAUCAAGCUCAUUGACGUUACAAAUGUUCAUAGCUUGCCGUGGAAUACCAAUUCUGGUGGGAUUUCUUGAACCAGAUUAUGCCAAAUACAGGGAGAUGGUGCACUUAGCUAUUGAUGGGAUGUGGCAAGUAUUCAAACUCAAAAAAUCCACCCCAAGAAAUGACUUCUGCCGCAUAGCUGCAAAGAAUGGGAUUCUCCUUAGGCUAAUCAACACACUCUAUAGCUUGAAUGAGGCAACCCGGCUGGCUUCUAUAUCAGGGGGCCCAUUGAGUGUGGAUGGUCUAGCUCCACGACUGCGCUCUGGUCAACUUGACCCUAACAAUCCUAUAUUCAGUCAUCAUGAGAGCUCACUCGGUGUGAUUGACCACCCUGAUGCGUUGAAAACUAAGCAUGUGGGUGGUGAAGAACCUUCUCAUGCUUCAACUUCAAACUCUCAAAGAUCAGAUAUCCAUCAACCAGAUGGUGAUAGGCCUAGAUUAAGCAGUGCUGCAGCAGAUGGUUCAGGCACAGAACAUCAUCGGUUAUCUCUCUCCGCUAAUAGGACAUCGACAGAUAAGCUUCAGAAGCUGGCGGAGGGUGCCUCUAAUGGUUUUCCUGUUGCUCAGCCAGAACAAGUUAGGCCUUUGCUUAGCUUGCUGGAGAAAGAACCUCCUUCAAGACAUUAUUCUGGUCAAUUGGAUUAUGUUAAGCACAUUACUGGCAUAGAUAGACAUGAAAGUCGGUUUCCUCUUCUGCAUGGAUCAAAUGAAAAGAAAAACAACGGAGAUCUUGAUUUUCUGAUGGCUGAAUUUGCAGAGGUCUCUGGACGCGGAAAGGAAAAUGGAAAUCUUGAUACUCAGCUUAAGUAUCCCAGCAAAACAAUGGCAAAGAAGGUUGUUUCUAGUGAAGGAGUCGCUUCUACGUCUGGGAUUGCAUCUCAAACAGCAUCUGGAGUACUGUCAGGCUCUGGUGUUCUAAACGCUAGACCUGGAAGUGCGACAUCAUCUGGUUUUCUUGCCCAUAUGGUCUCUACGCAGAGUGCAGAUGUUGCAAGGGAAUACUUGGAGAAAGUGGCUGAUCUGCUUCUUGAAUUUGCUCGAGCUGAUACAACAGUCAAAUCAUACAUGUGCAGCCAAAGCUUACUCAGUCGUCUUUUCCAGAUGUUCAACCGUGUGGAACCUCCUAUUCUGCUAAAGAUACUGGAGUGCACCAAUCAUUUAUCCACUGAUCCAAAUUGCUUGGAGAAUCUUCAGCGUGCAGAUGCAAUUAAGCAUUUGAUUCCCAACCUUGAGCUUAAGGAGGGGAAUCUUGUUUAUCAGAUCCAUCAUGAGGUGCUUAGUGCUCUAUUCAACCUAUGCAAGAUAAACAAGAGGAGGCAGGAACAAGCGGCUGAAAACGGAAUCAUACCUCACCUGAUGCUAUUCAUCAUGUCCGAUUCUCCUCUAAAACAAUAUGCUCUGCCACUUCUGUGUGAUAUGGCUCAUGCAUCUCGGAACUCAAGAGAGCAGCUAAGAGCUCACGGUGGUCUGGACGUUUACCUGAGUUUGCUAGAUGAUGAAUACUGGUCCGUGAUAGCCUUGGAUUCAAUCGCUGUUUGCUUGGCGCAAGACAAUGACAACAACCACAAGGUGGAACAGGCGUUACUCAAGAACGAGGCAAUUCAGAAGUUAGUUAACUUCUUCCAGAGUUGCCCUGAGAGACACUUUGUGCACAUACUGGAGCCAUUCUUGAAGAUUAUAACGAAAUCAUCUCGGAUCAACAAGACAUUAGCUGUAAAUGGAUUGACUCCGUUGCUUAUUUCAAGGCUAGACCAUCAAGAUGCGAUAGCUAGACUUAAUCUCCUGAAACUUAUCAAGGCUGUGUACGAGCACCACCCAAAGCCAAAGCAGCUGAUUGUGGAGAACGACCUCCCUCAGAAACUGCAGAAUCUGAUAGAAGAACGACGUGAUGGACAGCGUUCAGGAGGCCAAGUUCUUGUGAAGCAAAUGGCAACAUCUCUGCUCAAAGCACUUCACAUCAACACAGUCUUGUGAGUCCAAACAAACUCCAUUGGGACUGUACAUUUACUUCUAUUUUCCAAAGAAGGAUUCACCCCCAAGUGUGUAUAUCUUCUUGUUCAUUUACCGAUUUGUAAUUGUUAUAGUGGCUCUCAGCAGAUUCAUUAAGCUAUACUUUUGGCUAGGUUUCUUUUGGAUUCUCUGAAGUAAAGUUUUACUUGUACCGUACGGUUCCAGUCACUUUUACCGGUUCCGGUCAAUGUUUUGAUACUUGUACCGUAUUAACUGAAAGUUUAUUUCUCCAGAUA